AUGGCCCCUCGCCUGAGUCUGGGUCUGAGUACCCUGCUCGUUCUGGGGCUCGUCCUGCUCCUCCUCCCCUGCCAAGUUCACGCCUUUGGUGCCGGAAACAUCGCCUCGAUCUCCAAGGUCGAAGGGAAGAACUGGCGCCAUGGCGAUAUCGAAGAUAUGCUCAAGACAAUUGCCUUCAUCAAGGGCCACAAGUGGACGUCCAACAUGGUCAAGCGCGUGUACUUUGGGAACUGGCUGCGGGAUUACUCCCAGGCUAUGGACGUCGGUACCCUCAAGGGUCUCCCUGCCGAUACUAUUCGCAUUCUCGUCUGGAUUCUGUCGUUCCUAUCGUUCGGUUAUGCUACCGCGGAGUUUGAGGUGACGGCUGAUCGAUUGGGGGUUUAUCGUCCUGAGGAGCAUAUUGACAACCCCAAAGACUACGCCGAUAACGAAGAUGCUCGCCAGUACGAUCAGCGCCUUCGAGGCCCUAUCCGCCAGAUCGAACUCGAGGUCGACCCAGAGACCGGAAUGAAAAACUACAUUGCCAACGAGCGCGGAGACUGGGCUACGAGUACCGCGUAUAUCAAGUACAGCUUGGCUCGCAGCAUUCAUUACGGAAGACUAUAUACCAGUGGACACCGCAAGGGCAAUGACGAGGAUCUAUACGAGGCACUCCGCUGUCUGGGUCAGGGUCUCCAUACGCUCGAGGAUUUCGCCGCGCAUACAAACUACUGCGAGCUUGCGCUUCGGGAAAUGGGAUUCCGCAACGUCUUCCCACACACUGGUACUUCCACCCAGAUGAACAUUCGUGGUCAUCACGUCUACCCGCUUGUAACGGGAACCUUCGGAAUGGUUGAUUUCUUCCACUCGGUGCUCGGUGAGGCUACGGAUCACUUCACCCAGUCGGAAAUCAACGAGAUGGACAAUGCCCUCUCCGACGCUCAAUCGAGCUCCUCGUCGAACUCGCUCAGUUCCCUCACUGGCCUCCUGGGCAAAGUCCCAGGAUGCGGCGAUCUGGUCGCCGAGGCACAGGCGCUCCAGCAGCGCUCGGAGGCUCAGCAGUCCUCAAACACCCACAGCGGUGCUCGCUCCGGAUACGCAGCCCAAGAGUUCACCCGCGGAUUUAACGACGACUCAGAGCGUAGCCGUGGUGGCUACGAGCAAAGCAGGGCGAGCGCACCCUCCGGUGCCAGCACAGGCAAGCCCACGGGCGUGCCGGGGAUGCCCGACAUCAACCCAGCAGAAACCAUCGCGAAGAUCUACCCGAUCCUCGAAUUCCGUGAUAAGGUAGUGCGCCGGAUCUCAUCUAUCAUUGAGAAGAUCCCGGGCCUAGAGGCUCUGGUCGAGAAGAUCAGCGAGACAGUGACCGUCUUCAUCAUGUCCCUGCUAGCCCCCUUCAUCCGCCCCAUCAUCAACGCCGCCUCGCAGUCCCUGCAAACCGGCUCCGCAGGCGUAAUUGACGCCUCGGGGAAGCACCAGUACGAACCCUGGACGAACCCACAGUGCACCGACCCCACACACUCCAUGCUCUCCAAGGACCACUUCACAAACAUCCUCAACGAGCCCGCGGGCCACGUCGCUUCCGCGAUCCUAAAGUAUGUGACGCCCCGCAUCCUCCACGCCUGGGAGAACAUCAACAUCUCCGAGGAUCAGGUGCUGCACGAUGCGCUCCAGGUCUUCCACCACCCGGCGCUCCGCAACAUGCACAAUGAAGCCCACCGCACCAUGUUCGAGGCCGUGCAGGGCUGGGCCAACGCCAUGCCCGAUCGCGGCGCGAAGCUCAACGAUAUCCUCAGCUCCGAGGGCGUGAAGACCGGGAAGAACAACGGCGGCCAGGUCGGCCACUCGCACUCGCAGCACGGCGGGUUCGCAGCGCUCGGUAAUUCAGCGCACGGGACGGGCCAUGGUCAGAGCCAUGGACAGAGUCACGGUCAAAGCCACGGCGGAGGACACAGCUACGGCUCCUACCAGCAGCAAUCCUCGCACUCCCAGUCCUACACUUCCACCUCCCACCAACAACCCUCCUCCUCAGGCCACGGCUCAGGCUCCGGCUCGCAGCUCCCCUGGGAGAAACUCUCCGACCAACUCAACAGCCUGCCCAUCCCCGGAAUCAACAAGCUAAGCAGCAAGCUCUCCAGCUUCGGGUUAGGCGGGUCAACGCGCGAAGAAAGCGACAAUGAUAGUGCUCGGCCCUCUCAGCCGUCGCCGCAGCAUCACUAUGACGGUGGCUCUCAUUACUCGUCGCAUACCCCGCCGCCGCCACCGCAAGGGCACCACCAUCAGCCUCCAGGCGGAUAUGGCGGUCCAGAUCCUGAUCUGGCGUAUGGAAGCUAUGGCGGGCAGCAUGCGCCUCCGCCGCAUCAGUAUGGUGGACAUAAUCAGUCUGGGUAUGGAGGGCCGCCGCAGGGGUAUGGAGGGGAGUAUGGGCAUGGUCAGCACCCGCCUCCGCAUCAGCAGCAUCAUCAGGGACAUGGACAAGGGCAUGGGGGUUAUGGACAUGGGCAGGGCCAUGGUGGUGGAUAUGGGUACUAA